AUGACUGACUUACCCACAAUCCGCAUUGGCUAUGUGCCUGAGCACUAUUUAACCCCCCUCCAUCUCGCCCUUCGUUCCCCGGCCAUUUCCUCCCUCCCAUUCAAACUCGCCCUAACUCCCUUCCCGUCCGGAACGGGCCAUAUGAUCACAUCGCUCCGUGGCAAUGAAAUCGACCUCGCAAUUGGUCUGACAGAGGGUUGGGUCGCAGGUCUAGCCGGGAAGCAACAAGCAAGCCAGCCCUCCACAGAUGGAGGAUACAAAAUCAUCGGCCACUGGGUAGACAACCCUCUGCGCUGGGCUAUAGUCACAGGCCGCAACCGCGACGAGAUCAAUGGACUAUCGGAUCUGAAGGAUAAAAGGGUCGGCGUUAGUCGACUGGGAAGCGGCUCUCAUAUUAUGUCCUUCGUUCUGGCCCAGCAACAAGGCUGGAAAGCCGAUUCUUUGACUACAGUUCCUCUGGGACCCUUCGGACCUUUGCGGGAUGGUGUAUCCGGUCUCGAUGCGUCGAAGCCUGACCAGGCUGCGAAUCCAUCGGCUGAGUUCUUCAUGUGGGAGGAAUUCACCACGAAGCCUUACUUCCAUGCUACAUCUGAGAAACCGAAUCCGCCGCUCAAGAAGAUUGGGGAGAUUUUCACGCCCUGGCCUUCGUGGAUGAUUGUUGCUUCUACGAAGAUGUUCCCUAACCCCGAGCAGGACCAGCGAUUGGACAGUCUUUUCCGGGCUUUCGAUCAGGGUAUCAAGGAUUUCGAAGCUGAUACUGCGCAGGUUGUGAAGCUUUUGGGUACUGGUGAGCUUGGAUGCAAUUAUAUCGAGGAGGAUGCAAAGGAGUGGCUUAAGGAUGUCAAGUUCACUAAUGCUACCCGUGGAGUUGACGAUAAGAUCAUUGGAGGCGUUGUCGAUGUGCUUAAGGUCGCUGGUGUUAUUGACUUGGCCAUGGGCAAUGAUGAGGCUAUCCAGCGUGUCAUUGGGAUCAAGAGGUAG